CAAUAGCUCCUCUUCUUGCUCUGAUGAAGGGAACAACAGUGAGUUAAUGGUGCGAAGUACAAGAGAAGUUGAGAAGAAAAGGAGAGCUGUUGCCAUAGAAGGAGACCAUAAUGGUGGUGGUAAAGGUCUUACUUUGAAGCUUGGAGACAAUGGUUGUGAUCUUAAUGGUGAAAGAGAAGGGAGUUGUGCUGCUAAGAAGACUAAAUUCGGAGGAGGAGGAGCAGGAGGUGUGACUAAUCGUGCUGCUUGUCAGGUGGAAAACUGUGAAGCUGAUCUUAGUAGAGUUAAGGAUUAUCAUAGACGUCAUAAGGUGUGUGAGAUGCAUUCUAAGGCUACUAGUGCUAUUGUCGGAGGUAUCAUGCAGCGGUUUUGUCAGCAAUGUAGUAGGUUCCAUGUUCUUCAGGAGUUUGAUGAAGGAAAGAGAAGUUGUCGUAGACGUUUGGCUGGGCAUAAUAAACGUAGGAGGAAAACAAAUCCUGAACCUGGCGCCAACGGCAAUCCUAGUGAUGAUCAGUCAAGCAAUUAUCUCUUGAUUAGUCUUUUGAAGAUACUCUCCAAUAUGCAUACUACUCGAUCUGACCAUACCGGUGAUCAAGAUUUGAUGUCUCAUCUUCUGAAGAGCCUUGUAAGCCAUGCUGGUGAACAAUUAGGGAAAAACUUAGUUGAACUUCUUCUGCAAGGAGGAUCUCAAGGUUCCUUAAAUAUUGGAAACUCGGGUUUACUUGCAAUUGAGGGAGCUCCUCAAGAGGAUUCAAAGCAACUUUCAGUAAACGUACCUGAAAUUCCUCGGCAAGAAUUGUAUGCAAAUGGGACAGCUACCGAGAACAGAUCAGAAAAACAAGUCAAGAUGAAUGAUUUUGAUUUGAAUGAUAUCUAUAUAGAUUCAGAUGAUACAGAUAUUGAAAGAUCUCCUCCUCCUACGAAUCCAGCAACCAGUUCUCUUGAUUAUCCUUCGUGGAUACAUCAGUCUAGUCCACCUCAGACAAGUAGGAAUUCAGAUUCAGCAUCUGACCAGUCACCGUCAAGUUCCAGUGAAGAUGCUCAGAUGCGCACAGGCCGGAUUGUGUUCAAACUAUUUGGGAAAGAACCAAACGAUUUUCCUGUUGUCUUGCGUGGACAGAUUCUUGACUGGUUAUCGCAUAGUCCAACUGACAUGGAGAGCUACAUUAGGCCUGGCUGUAUCGUAUUGACAAUUUAUCUUCGUCAAGCUGAAACUGCUUGGGAAGAACUGUCAGACGAUCUUGGUUUUAGCUUAAGGAAGCUUCUAGAUCUCUCUGAUGAUCCCUUGUGGACAACUGGAUGGAUUUAUGUUAGGGUUCAAAACCAACUUGCAUUUGUAUAUAACGGUCAGGUUGUUGUCGACACUUCCUUACCUCUUAAAAGUCAUGAUUAUAGCCACAUCAUUAGCGUUAAACCGCUUGCUGUAGCUGCAACGGGAAAAGCUCAGUUUACGGUUAAAGGCAUCAAUCUCCGUCGACGUGGCACAAGGUUACUUUGUGCUGUAGAAGGAAAAUACUUGAUUCAGGAAACAGCACACGAGGAGGAGGAUGAUCUCAAGGAGAAUAAUGGGAAUGUUGAGUGUGUCAACUUUUCUUGUGAUAUCCCUAUAACUAGUGGUCGAGGAUUCAUGGAGAUUGAAGACCAAGGACUCAGCAGCAGCUUCUUCCCUUUCUUAGUGGUUGAAGACGAUGAUGUUUGUUCUGAAAUCCGUAUACUUGAAACCACUUUAGAGUUCACUGGAACUGAUUCUGCUAAGGAAGCUAUGGACUUCAUUCAUGAAAUCGGUUGGCUUCUUCACAGAAGUAAGCUUGGGGAAUCAGAUCCAAAUCCAGACGUUUUCCCAUUAAUACGAUUCCAGUGGCUAAUCGAGUUCUCAGUGGAUCGAGAGUGGUGUGCUGUGAUCAGAAAGCUAUUAAACAUGUUCUUUGAUGGAGCUGUUGGUGAUUUUUCUUCCUCGUCGAAUGCCACACUAUCUGAAUUGUGCCUUCUUCACAGAGCCGUGAGGAAAAACUCUAGGCCCUUGGUUGAAAUGCUUUUGAGAUACGUUCCAAAGCAGCAAAGGAACAGCUUGUUUAGACCCGAUGCUGCUGGUCCAGCCGGUUUAACACCUCUUCAUAUUGCAGCCGGUAAAGACGGUUCAGAAGAUGUGUUGGAUGCCCUAACAGAAGACCCUGCAAUGGUGGGGAUUAAAGCGUGGAAGACAUCUCGAGACAGCACAGGCUUCACACCAGAAGACUAUGCACGCUUACGCGGCCACUUCUCAUACAUCCACUUGAUUCAACGCAAGAUCAAUAAAAAGUCAGCAACUGAAGAUCACGUUGUGGUCAACAUCCCUGUUUCUUUCGCAGACAGAGAGCAGAAAGAACCAAAGUCAGGUCCAGUGACUUCCGCCUUGGAGAUCACACAGAUUAACGAGCUUCCAUGCAAGCUCUGUGACCAUAAACUGGUGUAUGGGACAGCACGUAGGUCUGUAGCGUACAGACCGGCUAUGUUGUCGAUGGUGGCGAUUGCUGCUGUGUGCGUCUGCGUGGCACUUCUCUUCAAGAGUUGUCCGGAAGUACUCUAUGUGUUUCAACCGUUCAGGUGGGAGUUAUUGGACUAUGGAACAAGCUAAGUCUACUUUGAAGAAUAUAAAUAUUACUUAUAUAAACCCAUAAAGGCGUGAUUUCUAUAUGUUGUAACUAUAUGAGUAUAAUAAGAUAUAUAGACAUGUAGAAGAUUGUUGUUGUUGUUGUGUGUAAAAGCCUCUCCUUUCUCUCUCGAACUUGAGAAUCCUCUCUCUGAUUAGUAUAUUUUUUGUUUGACAGAAUAAUUUGUUUCUUCUUGUAAUUUAACAAUGGAGACGUUCUUGUUCUA